AUGCGCACCACGAGAAGAGGCCCUUGGCUGGCUGCUUGUUUCCGUUUGGUCCUUCCAAGUCUGAAGCCGCGUGGCGACGUGCACAUGAAUGACGGGUGCUUCGCCGGCAAGCAUAUCUCUCCCAAGUGCCAAGGCCGUAGGAAAGAAGAGCCAAGAGGCGAGGAGGGAGCGGAACGAAUAAGUGGGCGUUGCAAGGCGAGUUGGUGCAUGAUGGCGCGGAGGCUGUGCAAAUGGGCCGACUGGGGUACACGUGCCAUGUGUCUCACGAGCCAUCUGAACGGCAUGUUUCCCGCUUCCCUCGGUGUCCAGUGGUGCGUUCAGAAACUGAUGCCUGAAUGUACGCCUGAAGUAAUUUCGAAAUUGGGAAACGACUCCAAGCAUGCUAAAAUGAAGGGCGAGGGUCAAAGACUGUUGUCGGUCUGUGCAACGGGGACCCCCUGUUGGAACCGGGCUCUGGUUUCCCACAAAGCUAGCAGGGGCGCCCUAAAAAGCACACACGACGCGACGUCGCCUGAUGCAAGCGGCGGCCCUGUGCCAAUGGGGUGGCCCAGGUUCAGCAUGCUCCUCGACAAUGGCCAUCUGGACGGCGUUCAACAACAGUGCCAGAGGACGCUGAUGUCCGGGAGCGGUGAGACGUGUGCGACUCUGGACGAGGUUUCGACCGCAAACAGGACCACAGGAUUCCAGCGUUCUGGCACGGAUCUACUCAGGGGCUUGGUGACCAAGUUUUGGUGCGCCGUUAGCGUAAACAUCGCGUGCUUCGUCCCGGCUGCCGCGACGGGGAGUGCUGAUGGAGGUGUGUAG